AUGGCUCGCAAACAAAAAUCUACUAUUCAGAGCAUCAAUGGUGGGAUAUCUAUAGGUGACAACCCGAAAGAUGUAUGGGAUCAAACGAGAACUGCAUGUAAACUUGGAAUGGAAAAGGCGUUUUUUAAAAUAAUUAAGCUAGAAGAUAUAGAUCCGGAAGAGCAGAAGGGCGAUCCGGAUUUACUAACUCAACUGUAUGAAAGCGAUCUUUAUAGUAGAUAUAGAACCAACAUGAGUCAUUACAAGCAAAGGUUUCGUAAGGACCUUAUAGCAAUGAGAAAUGCGGAUACAGAGUUCGCCGCUAGCCUUCUUAGUGGUGAUAUGAAUAUGGAAGAAUUCUGUCAUCUAAAAGAGGGCGAAUUGAUAUCAAAGAAACGAAAGAAAGAAAACAAGAUGUUACUGGAGAGGGAAUUGAAGAAGAGUAUAACCAAGAAACUUCCCGAGCGACUUAGUGAUGUGCCCAACCAGAACACUAUAGUAAGAGAUAAAUGGGGUAUCAGUGAAAGCGCAGCCAAAGUUGAUCAAAGGUUUGAAAAUUAA